GAAAUAUGUCCGCAAUGGAGGAGAAAAUAAAUGAAUUCGUUCGUAUCGAUAUGAUAUGAUUUACAUAUAUUAUUUUAAGUGCCUUAUAGUGUGCCUUUUAAAAAAAUAACAUGUGUCUAUAGUGCCUUAUGAAAAAAAUAAUUUCUAUAAAAAAGUGUAAAAAAAAAUAAACAAUAUUAAAUUUGAAAAAUAAAUAGUUACAUACAGCCAGUAUUGUAAAUGCGUCUAGCACAACGGUAAAACGAAAAAAUAAAUAGAGUUCUUUUUUCAAACAACGCGCUUUGAAAACUAUCAAUAUUUUUAAAUAAACAGAUUUUAAAAAGAAAUAAACGCGAGCAUAUGACGUCAUACAGCCUAAUAUCAAUGCUGUUUAAAUUAUAUAUAAAAAAUGGCAAAUGUAGGCAAAGUUUUGGCCACAAUAAAAGCCGUUAUAACGAGACUAGUGUUUGCCUGUCACGGUAUCAUAGCAAUAUGGCAAGUGACGUUAUUUAAAAACAAUAUAGAGUAUUGGUAUUUGGCGUCACCGAUUUUGCUGUUGAUUUUUGAAGGAAUCUUCACGCUGACCAUCAAGGAAAAUCAGGAGUGGAAAUGGUUCUGUCCAUCCGUGUUCAUCUACCUGGGGCUGGUGGUACCGGCGAUAUGGCUGCUGGAGCUACACAAGGUGGACAUGCGACUGGCCAACAAGAGCAGCAUAACCAACAAUACUGCUUAUGAGACUGAAAUCCCAAUACCCGGGGCGACCAAGAUCCCCACAGACAUGUGGGUGACGUUGAUCGAGCAGUUCCUCAUGCUGACACUCAUAGUCGGGAGGUGGCUGCUGCCUAAGGGAGACCUGACUCGCGACCAGCUCAGCCAACUGUUACUGGUUUAUAUUGGCACGGCAGCAGAUAUCAUAGAAUUCUUCGACUCGUUCAAAGACGAGAAGGUUGCCACGGAGAAGGUUCUAGUCCUGUUGACCCUGGCCAUCUGGUCGUGGUCACUGGUCCAGUUCACGGUGGUGCUGACAGCAACCAAGUCCAGGAAAUCCCGGGGCGCGGCUAAUAGGUCUGACAUGAAUAGUCGCGCCUGCUGCUGCUCCAUAGAAGUUUGCGCUAUCAUUAUGAAUAUCGCCCUUCAGGACGCGCCAUUCUUGGCGUUUCGACUCCUCAUCAUAUGUCACUAUAAGAUUGUCAAUUAUAUGAACAUAUUCUUCACUUGCAAGAACACCUUGGUAAUAUUACUACAAAUAUAUCGUCUGUAUGUGCUCCAUCUGGAGACGGUAGACGACGGCAAUGGCGGCUCCGUGUACAGGAAGAGAGAGAAACGCAAGCACAAGGGAGAGAAGAAAGACAAGGACAAGAAACACAGGAAACACAAAGAGAAGAGACACAAAAAAUAUGAAACAGGAGAGACGUCAAUAUCGAUGAUCAGUGACAGGAGACACGACAAAGUGGACGGCAGGAGGAUUAGAGCUAUAUUGCUGACAAAUUCUGAUGAGAUUCGAGAGCUGGAGUUGUCGACGCUAUUCAAGGACCAAAUGUCUACGGAAAAUGAAAAGAAAAAGAGCUCAAAGAAAAAACAAAAAUCACAAUCGUCCGAAGAAUCCUUGAACAACAUUCACCACACCACUGAUGACUCAGGGAUUUGACAUCAUCGAGUCCGCCGCGAGAGCCCCAAACGUAGCCCCAGACACAAGGACAGACACGACAGGCACAAAGACAAGAAGAGCAAGAGGAAGCGAGAUAGCAGCACUAGUGAUUCCAGCUCGAGUUGAAAGCAAUGUUGAUUCUUGUGCCUUGUUGUGAAAAAAAAAAUGUGGCUACGGUUUUGGCUGUAUGCGGUGUGUUCCUUCGUUUUGGCGGGAUUUCGGAUGACGUGUUGCAUUUUGGAUUUCGCGCCACAGAUCAACAAGACUCCUUUUUCUAACAGUACCUAAGUAUAUCUACUUAAAAUAAUUAUAUGUUGGUACGCAUUUUUAGCCACGGAUCCAUUAGGACUCGGUUUGAGGCAUUCAUAGGGCCUAUAAGCAUUCAUAGCCAAAAUUAAAGAUGUCUCUUUCUACCAUUUUACUUCACGUGACCGAGGUACCUCAAACCUUGUGUUUUAUAUACUAUACAAUGCCUUAUUUACCCGCAACGGGAACUCUGAAGUACUGACCUUAGAUUGUCACCUAUUGCAAAUUGCCCGUAGUAGUGACGGAUUUAUCAGUAGGCUGGCGGCAUAAUUAAAAUGUUAUUAGAUUUCACCACAUAACUUGUCCGAUUGAGGAAUUUGACGUUUUUUUACAUUACGUAUAUGCGAUUGCGGUGCAGGAACGAAUAACAUGACUUUUUGUAAAGCAUACCUGGCCAAAAUGACAGUUCGAAAUGGCGGCAAAAUUUGAAUUGCCUUCCGGCGGCAAUUGUUUUAAGUCGCCACUCACAAUCCGGCACGUCUUCUAGGUUCAGAUAUGCUGACUCUGAGAGGACCAGUCGCUUGUAUCUUGUGAAAUAGAAUUCUAAGAACGUUGUAGUGAUUUUUGCCUGCAAAUGUUGAUAUAUGUAUAAUAUAAAUUAUACCUAAUAGUUGUUUUCAUAAGAAAAUGGUUGGUAUGACACGUGUAAAUUAGGUUUUCCAGAUGCUGCAGAUUGCUCCGGUAUUUUGCGCGUUGUCCCAUGUUCAGCGUGCUUAGUGCGGGUUUGCAUUUCACUUCUCACCGUCGAAUCGAUUCGAAGUGAGAUGCAAACGACAACGACUGGUUGCAACGACAACCACACUGUAAUCACAUUGCAGUGUGGUUGUCGUUGCGUCACAAUGGCGCAAUGCUAACCCGCACUAAGACUGCUGGUUUCAAUUUUGUGUCCUGGAAUUCACAAAUAUUAGAUAGCUUUUGUAAAAAAAAAUUUUUUUCUUUUAAAGUCAGCCAUGUCGAGCCAAAUAUAGUUUAGCGCUAAUAUAAACAAACAAAUUAGGUACAUCACUAUGUUUUUAUUUAUUUGACACAAACAGUCAUAAAAAACAAAUUACACAAAUUUACAGUAGGUACAGUUUUUGUAGCUUGGGAGUCAUUAUAACCUAAUUUUAAACGACUUAUUUCUGUGCUCACAAUGCUGCUCGCCAAUCGAGAUAGGUACAGACUCACGCCUAGUUUAAUGGCGUGAUGGCUGAAGGAUGGAUCUCAAACUCAAAUAUCCUUAUGUAUAACUGUGUAGUACAAGAUACAGAUGGCUUAUACAAUAAUUUAGUUUCAACAGUUUACCCUUACAGGCAUGCAAUAUUAGCGUUAAGUUACACUUCUAAUAUUAUACAUACUAUGUUCUACAUAUGGGUAUGUAUAGUACAGUCAACAGCACAUCAAGUUAGCCUGCAUGAACAUUUAUGACCAACCAACAAUGCACUUUUGUUAUUUGUAAGAAACUGUCAAUAAAUAUAUUUUUUUUUACAGUUUCUGAAUGAUAGAACAAACAGUGCGUGUCGACACUGUUUUAAGAAAGUGAAAAAUAAAUAAUAAUGAAGGAAACGGAUCUUGGUAGUUUAAAAAAUGGAUCUGACACCAAAGAGGAUUUCAUUUGUGGCCUGACCAGGAAAAAUUAGGCCUGGACUAACUGGCAACCCUAAUGUUAAAGGCCAGUAAUAUUAACUAUAUUUUUGGCGGGGUCCAAAACUAAUGACAAGAUGUGAAUUUAAUUACUGAAAUGAAACGUAUUGUUGACGCUUUAAAAUGUAUUAUUAAUACAUUUUAUAAUACAUAUUUAAGAUUGUUCAUUACUUUAACAACAAUAUAUGAAAUAAUUUAUAAUAAGUAUAUUUGAUCUGUAAAAUUUCUCAGCCAUUGAACCCAAACAUAGAGUAAAAGUUGUAUUUUUACCAAAGAUCGUAUUUUAUAGGUAUUUUUUGUGAAAAUCUGUCAAAAUAAAAAUUGUGUUUAAAAAUAAACGUGCCUUAUAUAUAGAGGUAAAAUGUUUAUCGAAAACAAACUAGAUCAGUUUUGAAAGGUUUUCAAUAAACGAAUAAGUAUAUAUGAGUUGCAUUAAAAAUUAUAAUGUGAGGGAUAUAUAUAUUUUGACACAUUUUCUUGAUAAAUCUGGUUAUUAAAAUAGAAAGAGUAUUAAGUAUAUAAAGUUUUAUAUAUAUUUAUAAGUUUAUAGUGGAUAUAUAAUACAAUAGAUAUAUAUUAGAAUCACGCACAAUAACAGAAAACAUUUAUUUGUCCAAUAUACGUUUGUUUUAUAGGUCUAUAGGAAUCUAAGAAUAUAGUAUAUUUGUUCUGGGCUUUAUAUAUGCCAUUAAUAUAAUAUGUCUUCUGUUCAUUUCAUUUUCAUUAUUUAUUCAAGUGGGUUUCAAUAUAUAUCGUCGGCUGGCGUAAAAUAUUUUGUAAAUAACUCAUAUUGUUAAGAAUACUAAUUUAAUAACGUUCUGUAGAUUUUCAUAUUAAAUAACAUUGAAAAAUAA